CAGCAGAAGCAGCAGAACAUCUUCCUCAUCCUGGUCUCCAGUGUCUUCUUCAGCUGCCAGUACUCUCUGUGCGUCCCCGACUGAGGUUGAUCCACUGCCCGGCUGAAGUGUGCAGAAGCCUCCUCCACCAACCCAUCACCACCAACACACACUUUCUCUCCGGGUUAUUCCUAGCUCAGCCGCCGAGAGAGAGACUGUGUCCUUCCGGUCCUCCUUCUCUCUCUCUUAUUUAUUUAUCCUCAGUUUCUUGAAUAUUUCAUGGAAAAUGGCGAUCUGCGCGCAGUCGUACGGUAUCUUCUGCCUCUUCACAAUGCAAACUGUACUUAUCAUAUGCGUCUCCACGCCGACAGACGGGACCCACCUCUUCCCACAACACUACACAAUGAUUCACUGGGCCGGACGCAUCGAGAAGGAGCUGGAAAAGGUUCUGCAGCACGUCACCGGGACUCAGCAGAUGAGAUCGAUUUAUAAUGAGAAGAAGAGCCAGUUUGAAAUCAAGAGAAACAACCCCAAGGACUUGGUGGAGAGAGUGGCACGGGACAUCUCCAAGCUGCUCAACAGUAAGAGGAAAGCCCUGGAGAAACUGGCCUGGGAAGCGGAACAGCUUCAGAAGGAGCAUAAAUGGCAAGACGGUGUGACGGAGAAUGCCAUUUCAUACUACGAUUCCAAAGCGGAUUCAGACUAUACGGAGGAUGGAGAAGAGGAGAACGCGACGUCUCUGGAGCUGGAGUUUGUGGACGAUCCCAAUUUUAAAAACAAGGUCAACUACUCUUCCAGUGCGGUCCAGAUUCCUACAGACAUAUAUAAAGGCUCCCCGGUCAUCCUGAACGAGUUGAACUGGACCCAGGCGCUGGAGAGGGUCUUCAUUGAAAACCGCAAGGAGGACAGCUCUCUGCGCUGGCAGGUGUUUGGCAGUGCCACAGGAGUGACUCGAUACUACCCAGCCACUCCAUUGAGGGCUCCCAACAAGAUUGACCUGUACGACGUCCGCAGAAGACCUUGGUAUAUCCAAGGUGCAUCGUCUCCAAAGGACAUGGUCAUCAUUGUGGACAUGAGUGGAAGUGUUACCGGAUUCACUCUGAAGCUGAUGAAAACCUCCGUGGUGAAGAUGCUGGAAACUCUAUCAGAUGAUGACUAUGUGAAUGUGGCCAUGUUCAAUGAGAAGGCCGAUGCUGUCGUUCCAUGCUUCAGGACUUUGGUCCAAGCCAAUGUUCGGAACAAGAAGAUCUUUAAGGAGGCCGUCGGGCAUAUGGAAGCCAAAGGAACCACAGAUUACAAGUCUGGCUUCACGUUUGCCUUUGAACAGCUUCUCAAUGAGAACAGCGCCCCGAGGGCCAACUGCAAUAAGAUGAUAAUGAUGUUUACAGAUGGCGGGGAGGAUCGUGCGCAGGAAAUCUUUGAGAAGUACAACUGGCCCAACAAAACGGUGCGUGUGUUCACCUUCUCUGUUGGACAGCAUAAUUAUGAUGUCACCCCUUUGCAGUGGAUAGCUUGUGCCAAUAAAGGUUACUACUUUGAAAUCCCAUCGAUCGGAGCCAUCAGAAUCAAUACCCAGGAGUACCUGGAUGUCCUGGGUCGGCCCAUGGCGCUGGCUAAGAAUAAAGCAAAGCAGGUGCAGUGGACGAACGUCUACCAGGAUGCUCUGGGUUUGGGUCUUGUCAUCACUGGGACGAUGCCGGUCUUCAACCUCACUAUUGAUACUGUGAGCUCUCAGAACCAGCUCAUCCUCGGAGUCAUGGGAGUCGAUAUCGCAAUCAACGAAAUCAAGAGGAAGACACCUACAUACAGACUUGGAGCCAAUGGCUACACCUUUGCCAUCGACCCGAAUGGCUACGUUCUGCUGCAUCCCAACCUGCGACCCAAAAUCAUUAACUUCAGGGAGCCCGUCACUCUGGACUUUCUGGAUGCAGAGCUGGAGGACAGCAACAAGGAGGAGAUCCGUCGACAGAUGAUUGAUGGCAAACCAGGGCAAAGGAAAAUCAAGACGCUCAUUAAGUCAGUUGAUGAGAGGUACAUCGACGAGGCCAUGCGGACGUACACGUGGACGCCUGUGAACGGCACAGAUUACAGUCUAGGGUUGGUACUGCCCACAUAUAGUGAGAACCACAUCAAGGCCAACCUGAGUGACCAGAUCCUUCAGGUGCAGUAUUUUGAAUCACUGCUGCCAAACAGUUUUGAGUCUGAAGGACAUGUAUUCAUUGCUCCCAGGGAGUACUGCAAUGAUCUGGAACUGUCCAACAACAACACUGAGUUCCUGCUCAACUUCAUUGCUCUCAUGGAGAAGGUGACACCGGACUCCAAACAAUGUGACAACUUGCUCCUUCAUAACCUGAUUCUGGACACUGGCAUCAUCAGGCAGCUGGUCGAGAAAGUGUGGAAGAAUAAAGACUUAAAUACGUAUGGCUUUCUGGCCGUGUUCGCUGCAUCAGACGGAGGUGUAACGAGAGUGUUUCCCAACAAGGCUGCAGAAACCUGGGAGGAAGACCUUGAGCCGUUUAACGCCAGCUAUUACCGCCGCAGUCUCGACAACAAGGGCUACAUCUUCCGAGCGCCUUAUCGAACAGCCCGGGACGAGCUGCUGAACCCAGAGAACGACACCAUAGGGAUCCUGGUCAGCACGGCGGUGGAGAUCACAGUAGGAGGGAAGACCAUCAAACCUGCAGUGGUCGGAGUGAAACUAGACCUUGAAGCCUGGACGGAUAAGUUUAAGAUUCUUGCCAGCAACCAUACAGACAACCAUCAGGGCUCAAAUACGUGUGGACCAAACAGAGGUUGUGAAAUGGACUGCGAAGCCAACAGUGAGGAUCUCCUGUGUUAUUUAAUAGAUGAUGGUGCGUUCCUAAUCAUGUCUAAUCAGAAGGAGGACUGGAACAAGGUUGGCAUGUUCUUCAGUGAUGUUGAUCCCUACUUGAUGCACGCACUCUACAAUAAUUCCUUCUACAACCGCAAACAGUCAUUUGACUACCAGUCUGUGUGUGAACGGAUGCCCAACAGUAAAGCUGCAGCUGCACCCAGAGGAGUGUUUGUGCCCACAAUUGCAGAUUUUGUAAACGUGGCUUGGUGGACAUCAGCAGCUGCAUGGUCCUUGUUCCAACAGUUUAUGUAUGGACUGGCUUAUCACAGCUGGUUUGUCACAGAUGAGGUGGAUGCAGAAGGAAUCGACUCCUCCAAAGAGCGGAGUUGUGUAAUGAUCCAGACGCAGUACUACUUAAGUAAUCUCAGCAGCUCCUACAACAUACUGCAGGACUGUGGCAACUGCUCCAGGCUGAUUCAUGCCAAGAAGAUAAACAACACCAACUUGCUGUUUGUGGUGGCAGAGAAGAUGCCAUGCAACACCUGCGAGAUAGAGAAGCUGUCCCAGAAGGAGGAGGAGUUCAAAGAGGAAAAUCCAUGUAAAGAAAUGGCGGUGGCACGCUAUCGAAAAGGACCCUCCACCUGCUUUGACAAUAACAACACUGAGAACACGUCAGACUGUGGACGGGGACACUCCUUCAGUCCGUCUCUCUACACCUUACUGCUCAUUCAGCUGCUCCUGCUUUAUCCAGCCGUCAGCCCCCACUUCCACUCUCUACUACAUUAAUUACAUUUUCCUCCACUUAUCCUCCUUUUAGCCCUCCCGACCCUAGAACCCUCCGACCCCAACUCCGACCUCCAUGCCCCUCUGCCCCCCCCCCACCCCACACCCCCGAUAUAGUCAUAGGUAAUAAUGGGACUUCCCUUCACGGCUGGUUGGAAGCCCUGAGUGCCGCGCUACCCAGCUCGCUUCAGUUUGUGUCGCUUAGUGACAACUGCCGGACGUUUGCGUCCUCAGCCAGUUAACCUUCAUCUGCAGGAGGAUUGGGUGGUGCUGGACCACCUGGAUCAUCAGAGGCAACGUCACCUGUCACCUGUCCACCCCCCAUGACCACCUCCACCAUCCGGAGAAGGGAGGGGAAAGAGGACAGGCCGAUGUCCUCGUCGCAGACCUCCCGCCUCAUACAGACUGGAGAGUUGAGGUCGUCUGUCCGUCAGACAGACGACUGACCUCGUCUCCACCAUCGGGGAGAGCGUGGCUCUGGGAGCAGCUGGAAUCAUUAUGUGGGGAGACGCAGCUUAUGCAAGCAGCAGAAACAGCUGCUCCGACCUGGACGCCUAUCUGCGGGGUGCGCUGAAUCAAUACCUCCUCAACGUCUCCACGGCAGCAGAGCUAUGCAGCCAGACCUUGUGUGCUUCUCAUGGCCGCUGUCUGCGCAAAAACUCCAACAGCGAUGUUUACUUGCAUCUGAACCCCCUCAGCCACACUAUCAUCACGCAGAGCGGCAAGCCGACGGUCAUCGGCAGGCUUGGCGAAGAAGAGAAGAAGAGUUUUCAAACCCAGUUUCAGUGUCAGUGUUACAGCGGCUACCAGGGAGACGGCUGCGAUCAGACCGACCCUCUACACCAAAGAGGGACGGCAUCUCAAAUCACAGCGUCAGCACUGCAAUGUGUGAUCUUAUUGAUUGUCUCUCUGCUCCUCUGUUAAUACACACCAUGAAUACUGUAGACAUGGCUGCAUUUUAUAUGUCUAAAUACUGGAGCAUACGAGAGGACAAGGUGGGGAUUUUUAGGAGUGAUGAGUGUCAUUUUUUAUUUCUUUAAAUUGCUGUUAAAUAUGGAUGACACAAAGUGAAGUUGUAUAAGAAACACUGUGGAAAUUUGUUUGGAACUUUCUUUAAACAAUGGAGGACUCGCUGGAAGUGACCUUGUUUACAUUUUGCUCUCAGUUUCCUCUCGGUCACUGUUUUUGCCACGGUGUCAACUUCCAUAUUUUUCAUAGAGAGGACGUUUUUUGGAGGAAAUGUGAUGAUGUAUGUCAGUAGGAAUUGAUGCACUUAAAUCUGGAAACAGCACAAUAUAUCUGAAGUGCCUGAUCUCUUUUUUCAACAUGACCUCUCUCUAACAUCUGAUGUUUUUCUGGAGGCAAUUACAGUAUUACUAUUUAUUUGAAUGUAUUUUUAGGUGUUUUAUAUGAUAUUUUCUUAUUUUUGUGUCCAAAACAUGACUACUAGUUUUCUCUUAAAAACAGUAUUUUUCUGUAUUUCAGCAGCUGUUUUACAUCAGAAGCACAAACAAUGUAAAAAGCAAAUUUCUGACACUUACAUAUCCGCCUCUCUCUUUGUGCUGUUUUCUCAAAUUUGACUUUUGUCUAAGUAAAUAAACUUCUUUCUUAA